CGUGCUCUUUUCUUCAUUUUUUUUGUUUUCAUUUGUGUUGACUUUGAAGAUUUAACUUCCACAUUGUGUUCUCCACACCAAUGAACGGAAUGGAGGACCAAAAUUCACUGAAUUCUUCCUUGUGGCCGUGUUUGUGGUGGUGAAGACUAGAAUCAGAAAUGGAGUUUUCGUUUAUGCUGAAAAUAUGAGAUUCACUUGCAGUUGAUAUUUUCUACGUGACAUCAUUUUUUUCUGUCAGAGUAGCAAUCCUUUCAGAAUCUAGCUUCAAUCUGAUAUUUUGCAGAUUUUUGGGAUUCUUUUUUUGUUUUUUGUUCAUAUCCUGUUUGUAGCAUUUUCUUCAGUGUUCUAUUUGGAUCAUGUACAGACUAAAUUUAGAAGAAAUGGAAAAAACAGCCAAAAAAGAAAAAUAGACAGGAUUUUUAGUGAGACAAUUACAUCCUUUCAUUAUUUCCACUUCCAUUUUCAAACCUUCUCUCUCUGAAUUCCACUGCACAAAAAGUUGGAUGAAGAAUUUUCCUUGAGAAAUCGACCACCCCAUGUCCUUAUCACCUUUGACAAUGAUUGGAGGAAUGAAGGCUGAAACCUUGAGUGGUCCUUGUGUUUCGUACCAUCUCAACAAUGCAACACAAGCAGUGAUAAUUAACUGAUAGUGAAUACCAAAGUGGUAUUUGGAAUGCUCUGAAUUCAAUGACAUUUGAUAUCAUUCUCAUCUUUGGAAUUGGAGUUUAAGGCUAGUUUUUGAGGAGUGAGUGAGAAAUGGAUUCUGUUGGAGGGGAAGAGGCAAUUCAAGAGCCUACAGACCAUGAUGAGAGGAUUCUUGUUUCGGUUCGUCUUCGUCCCCUUAAUGAAAAGGAGCUUGCAAGAAAUGAUGUUUCAGAUUGGGAAUGCAUCAAUGACACCACCAUCAUAUACAGGAGCAACCUUUCAGCUACUGACAGGUCACUCUACCCAACAGCAUAUUCCUUUGACAGUGUGUUUCGAACAGAUUCUUCUACAAGGCAGGUGUAUGAAAAAGCAGCUAAGGAAGUUGCUCUUUCAGUUGUCGGUGGCAUCAACUCAAGCAUUUUUGCAUAUGGACAAACAAGUAGUGGGAAGACAUACACCAUGAGUGGCAUAACUGAAUACACAGUGGCAGACAUUUUUAACUACAUUGAAAAGCACACGGAAAGAGAAUUCAUGUUGAAGUUUUCGGCAAUUGAGAUUUAUAAUGAAUCUGUAAGGGACCUCCUUAGUCCAGACUGUACCCCUCUCAGACUUCUCGAUGAUCCAGAGAGAGGGACAGUUGUUGAGAGACUGACUGAGGAAACUUUAGGAGAUUGGAACCAUUUUACAGAACUUAUUUCUUUCUGUGAAGCUCAAAGGCAGAUAGGGGAGACAGCACUGAAUGAAGCAAGCUCCAGAUCUCAUCAAAUUCUAAGACUGACAAUUGAAAGUUCUGCACGUGAAUUCCUUGGAAAUGACAAGUCUAGCUCUCUUUCUGCUUCAGUGAAUUUUGUUGAUCUUGCUGGUAGCGAGCGAGCAUCCCAAACCCAUUCAGCUGGCACGAGAUUGAAAGAGGGUUGCCACAUAAAUCGUAGCUUACUAACUCUAGGAACUGUUAUCCGCAAACUCAGCAAGGGGAGAAAUGGACAUAUUCCUUUCAGAGAUUCAAAGCUAACCCGCAUAUUGCAGUCCUCAUUAGGAGGCAAUGCUAGAACUGCUAUCAUCUGCACCAUGAGCCCUGCCCGGAGCCAUGUUGAACAAACCAGAAACACACUCUUAUUUGCAAGCUGUGCUAAAGAAGUGUCAACUAAUGCACAAGUCAAUGUAGUGGUGUCUGAUAAAGCACUAGUCAAGCAAUUACAAAAAGAGUUGGCUAGACUGGAAGAUGAAUUGAGAAAUUCAGGGCCAGCCCACCUUACUUCUGAGACUGCAGCAUUGUUGAGAGAAAAAGACCGUCAGAUCGAUAUGUUAAAGAAAGAGGUAAGAGAGCUGACCUUGCAGCGGGACCUUGCACAAUCUCGAAUAAGUGACAUGCUCCGAGUGCAUGGAGAAGAUGUGGCUACAAUAGAACUGCAAAGUAUGGAUCCUCAAUAUCCAAAUUUACACAUGAGAAAUUCAUGGAACUUUGAAAAUCAAAGAGAGGAGCCAAAUGUAUUAAGUCUUGAUGGUGAAGAGAGUGUCAGGUCUUUUGAUGCAUCUCAAUAUUCAGAUGGACAUAGUUUUAGUUCUGAUGAAAACUUAUUCCAACUCCCUGACCUUGAAAAGAAUCUUCUGGUCAGAAAUUCUCCCCCAGGGUUGCCAGUCAAAAGGACUGAUGCUGUACCGAAUGAUUUGGAUCAGAAACGCAUUGAAGAACAGCAUGAAGAGGACAAUUGUAAGGAAGUUAGAUGCAUUGAGUUGGAAGAUGUAAUCACAAACACACAUAAACACUCAAAUACAUCAGAUUUAAGAUCAAAUACAUACACUGAUUCUAAUGCAUCAUCUCCUAGUGCAAACACAGCUAUCUCAGGAUUGAUUGUAGUUGAUAAUAGAGACAAGGAAAAAGUAGUAGAUUUGAGUUCAUCUGGGUCAAAGGAAGACAAAAGAUUGAACCAUUUGCACCAAGAUUUUGUUCUUCCCUCUCCAAAAGAAAUUUCUGUGUGCAUGACAGGAAACAGUACAAGUAGUUCUAGAACUUUGAAGUUGAGCCGAAGUAGAAGUUGUAAAGCAAGUAUCAUGAGGAAUUUAUCUUCAGAUUGGUUUGAAGAUGUAGACGUAAUUCAGAACACUCCUCCAAUAGGGAUUGAAAAAGCCUUCCCUGGAAGACCGGAGGGCUUUCCGAAGAACAUUUAUGCACUAAACUAUAAUGCCAAUGCAGAAAGGCUUUCAUGUAAUGGCCAUGGGAAUUCUGUACAAAAUUCUUCUGUUGAUGAUGUACAGAAUGUGAAAUCCUCCACUAACAAGGAAAGAGAGGGAACAGAAAAUAUUAACAGGUUGAAUUUACUGGCUGGCCAUGAGGUUCCGGGGACAGGAUUGGAUUAUGCAAAGAAUGUCAAAGAUAUUGGCUUGGACCCCAUGCAAACUGAUGGAGAAAGUCUCUCACACUCACACUGGCCUUCAAAAUUCCAGAGGCUGCAAAGAGAGAUCAUUGAAUUCUGGGAUGCUUGUAAUGUUUCAUUGGUUCACAGGACUUACUUUUUCCUUCUAUUCAAGGGGGAACCAUCAGAUUCUAUUUAUAUGGAGGUAGAGUUGAGAAGACUAUCAUACCUCAAGCAAACGUUUUCCCAAGGCAAUCAGACUGUGGAAGAUGGACGAACCCUCGCACCUGAGUUAAGCAUGAGAUAUCUUAGAAAAGAGAGGCAGAUGCUGAGCAAGCAAAUGCAUAAGAGACUGUCUAAAUAUGAUAGGCAGAACCUGUACUUGAGAUGGGGCCUUCGUUUGAGUUCAAAGCAUAGGAGUUUGCAGUUGGCCCAUCAAUUGUGGAGUGACACAAAAGACAUGGACCACGUUAGAGACAGUGCAUCAAUUGUUGCAAAGCUGGUUGGUUUAGUAGAGCCAGAACAAGCAUUUAAGGAGAUGUUUGGACUCAACUUUACCCCACAACCUACGAGUAGGAAAUCUUUUAGUUGGACAGCCAGUGUGAGGCACAUUUUGUGACUUUGGAUUUUACAUUUUAGGUAGUUAGUUUGGUAUGGCCAUGUCAAAAUUUCCCGGCUCUAUAUAUAAUGUAGAUAAUUAUUUUUCUCCCCUUAUCUUAGAAACAAAUUGCUUUCUGUUGUAUGCUUCUAACUCUGAUUGCUAUUGAUUGAAAAGUGGUUUGUAAAGAAUGUGCAAUUCUAAGGUUGCAGAUUUGUUCAUCUGCCCUAGGUUGGGUCCAGGUAGAACAUCAUGAAUGGUUCAAUACGGAUUGUUAGCUGGAAAAAAAAUGCAAUAUGAUUUUUUACGUGGGUGAUUUAUUGUAA